UUUCUUGCCUCCGCCGCCCUUGCGUACAUAGCCGUCGCGCUUGUUGAAAUUGUUGGCUCGAAGCUCCACUUCUCUCUCGAACACGCGGGGGUCAUGAACUCAUGAUCCCACCCAAGUUUGAUCUGUUUGGCUAGACUCAAUAACGACGACUUACAAAUGGUUUCCUUCGAUCUUGAAGGCGUUUUCUUGGAAUACCGUGCUUUGUGUUUGUGUUGAUCUCAUGUGCAUUUGCUCCUAGUAUACAGUCCAUCUCUUAUCUUAGCUAAAUGGAACAUGUCUUGUGUUUCGCGUGAAAUAUACUCUAUCUCUUAUCUUGGCUAAAAGGAUAGAGCCGUGGCAUAGUGGUCUUCCGAAAACUGCCGGAUCGAUUAAUCCUAGCAUACACCACUCCCAAACGAGAGAGAUUUUAGUCCGAUGGCGUGCUCGCAGUGCUGGGAGAACCCGCCGGCGCUGGACGCCGCCGGCGGAGGCGGCAGAGUCCUCGUUGACUUCGGCGGGCAGCAGGCAUACGUCGCUGGCUCCGCCGACUCCAAGGCCGCCGUCCUCCUCGUUUGCGACGCCUUCGGGUUCGAGGCGCCUAACCUGAGGAAGAUAGCCGACAGAGUUGCUUUGUCUGGUUACUUCGUUGUGGUGCCAGAUUUCAUUCACCGGGAUCCAUACCAGCCUGACAAUCCGAACAAUCCUGGAAUGUGGGUACAAGCACAUAAUCCGCUGGAGGCAUUUGAAGAGGCAAAACCAAUUAUUGCUGCUCUGAAGGAUAAGGGAGUGUCUACCAUCGGUGCUGCAGGUUAUUGCUGGGGUGCUAAGGUGGUUGCAGAGUUGGCGAAAGCUCAUGAGAUCCAGGCAGCUGUUAUGUUGCACCCUUCUUUUGUUACUGUUGAUGAUAUCAAAGAGGUGAAAUGCCCCAUCGCUAUACUUGGAGCUGAAAUUGACAAAACUUCCCCACCAGAAUUGGUAAAGCAGUUCGAGCAGGUUCUAUCUUCUAACUCAAGCCAACAUCACGUGCACGUGGAUCCUGGGUGGCACGCCGCAGUUGGCAACGAUGAUGAUUACCCCAAAUUUGGAAAAUCAAUGGCAGCGACUGGAUCCCUUCGAUUUGGUCCAGUCGAUGAUGGAAAGUUGAGAUUAGAUAUCUUUGAAUUAGCAGGGGAAAUGACUAAUAUACCCUGUUAAAUCAACGCUUAGAAAUGAUUGGUACUCCCAUCUCUGCUUGUGGAGUACCUGGGUACUGUAAAAGUCAAUCUAAUGCUUAUAACUAGCACCGUUGAUUUUGAGAUGAAUUGUCCAGAUUGAACAAUUUAGCCCGUGACAUUGCAGAGCAAUGCUAUAUGAUACGAAUCCGCCCCGCACUACACACGGUUUUUUAAA